GCCCGCUAAUGUGUUGUGACGUUACCCUGACAACAAGGUCUGUCAUGAACGUUUUCAAACUUUACAACUACAGGUAACUCUUCAUCACAAUGAUGUCAUUGUCAAAGAACAAGUUCAAAACGUCUAACGAUUGUAGCAAACCAGCCGAGAAGCGGGAGGGGAAAUGUGUCGUGCAUUUCAAAUGUGGCCCCGGCGGUACCAUUCAUGAUGUCUUGAAACAAAGGCCGGGCUGGGUAGAAGUCAAAGAUGAUGGUGAAUGGGACUUCCACUGGUGUGAAGUAGGAUGGCUUCGGGAGAAUUUUGAUCAUUCAUUCAUGGAGGAACAUGUCAGGAUAAACCACUUCCGCAACCGUUACGAGGUUUUUAUGUUUCAGCUGACCCGCAAAGACUUCCUGUUAAAAAACCUAAAAAGAUACAAAAGGGCUCUAGAUAGGGAGGCCAGCUGCACGAAGGCUUCCAAAUGUGAUUUUUUCCCCUGCAGCUUUGCACUGCCUAAUGAAUACCAUCUCUUUGUGGAGGAGUUCAAGAGAAACCCUGGCAGCACCUGGAUCAUGAAGCCGGCUGCAAAAUCUCAAGGCGCAGGCAUCUUCCUUUUUAGAAAACUGAAAGACAUCAUGGACUGGAGGAAGCAUGACGCCACUCGCUCAGAAGAGCAGAAAGAUGCAGCUCAAGUGGAAAGCUAUGUGGCACAGCGCUAUAUUGAGAACCCCUACCUGCUUGGUGGCAGGAAGUUCGAUCUGAGGGUCUAUGUGAUGGUCACAUCAUAUUUUCCAUUGAAGGCAUGGCUUUAUCGGGAGGGCUUUGCUCGCCUUUCAAGCACACGUUUCUCUCUGGAUAGUAUUGAUGACAAGUAUGUACAUCUCACUAAUGUGGCUGUUCAAAAAACAGCACCUGACUAUGAUCCUGAAAAGGGAUGUAAAUGGAAAAUCCAGAAACUGCGUAAGUACCUGACUGCAAAGCAUGGGAUACAGGUGGUAGAAACUCUGUUUACAGAGAUGGAUAACAUCUUCAUCAGCAGUCUACAGAGUGUGCAGAAGAUCAUUAUAAAUGACAAACACUGCUUUGAACUCUACGGCUACGACAUUUUGCUGGAUGAGAACCUCAAACCGUGGUUGAUUGAGGUGAACGCCUCUCCGUCGCUCGCACCCAGCAGUCAGGAGGAUUACGACAUGAAGUACAGAAUGCUGGAAGAUACUGUAAAUAUUGUGGAUAUGGAGAAAAGGUUGACUGGGAAAGAAAAGAGGGUGGGCGGAUAUGAUCUUAUGUGGAAUGAUGGACCUGUCUACAGAGAGGAUUCUGACUCUGAAAUAUUUAGUUGUUCAUGUUUAAAAGCCAACACAAACUUGGGUAAGGUCACACUGUUUAAGGUAUGGAAUCUUACUGUUAUACAACGUGUCAAUAAUAUGCUAUCAUUCAUUACUCCUGUGACACUCUUAUUUUUGUGCAGGAUGCAUGAAUGACAGAGAAAACCAUAUUUUUAAACAAUUUCCAGACCAGAAGAUUUGAUGAUGUUCCACAAAAGAACUUAAUAGGGCUGCACGUAGCUUCACUAUUGAAUCGUAUUUGAAGACUCAGUCAGGUUAGUCUACACCAGUGCUUUUCAAUUAUUUUCUGUGACACUCCCCCAAGAAGCAGAACAUUUUUCACGGCCCCCAAUUGUCCACCGCAAAUAUAAAUAGUAUUGUCUAUAAAAUUGUUAUAAGUACACCUCUGCAUAAAAUAGCAUCCUUCCAUCCAUCUUCUUCCGCUUUUCCGAGGUCGGGUCGCGGGGGCAGCAGCCUAAGCAGGGAAGCCCAGACUUCCCUCUCCCCAGCCACUUCAUCCAGUUCUUCCUGUGGGACCCGAGGCGUUCCUAGGCCAGCCGGGAGACAUAGUCUUCCCAACGUGUCCUGGGUCUUCCCCGCGGCCUCCUACCGGUCGGACGUGCCCUAAACACCUCCCUAGGGAGGCGUUUGGGUGGCAUCCUGACCAGAUGCCCGAACCACCUCAUCUGGCUCCUCACGAUGUGGAGGAGCAGCGGUUUUACUUUGAGCUCCCCCCGGAUGGCAGAGCUUCUCACCCUAUCUCUAAGGGAGAGCCCCGCCACCCGGCGGAGGAAACUCAUUUCGGCCGCUUGUACCCGUGAUCUUGUCCUUUUGGUCAUAACCCAAAGCUCAUGACCAUAGGUGAGGAUGGGAACGUAGAUCGACCGGUAAAUUGAGAGCUUUGCCUUUCGGCUCAGCUCCUUCUUCACCACAACGGAUCGAUACAGCGUCCGCAUUACUGAAGACACCACACCGAUCCGCCUGUCGAUCUCACGAUUCACUCUUCCCUCACUCGUGAACAAGACUCCGAGGUACUUGAACUCCUCCACUUGGGGCAAGAUCUCCUCCCCAACCUGGAGAUGGCACUCCACCCUUUUCCGGGCGAGAACCAUGGACUCGGACUUGGAGGUGCUGAGUCUCAUCCCAGUCGCUUCACACUCGGCUGCGAACCGAUCGAGUGAGAGCUGAAGAUCCUGGCCAGAUGAAGCCAUCAGGACCACAUCAUCUGCAAAAAGCAGAGACCUAUUCC